UGUCCGAUGAACAUGAGUGAUUUGUUGUAAAUUUUGAUUAUUUUUGUGUAUUUUGUUGUAAUUAUUUAUUAUUGCUAAAAGUAAAGAACACCGAGUUCUGGAGAAAUCGUACUUGGGCCAAGUGUCGUUUUACCUGUCGCUUGUUCUCUUACUCGUGCCCACACGGCCGUGUACAAAUACGCAUACACAACACUAAACGUAUACGGCAAACACAUACAUACAUACGCAUACAUACGCACACACGUACAAACAUACCCCGGGCACGCAACAGUCAAGUAAACCCGACGUCGCCUGUCCGUCAUCUAGUCAAGCUUACGAAUCGUUCCACGGACAAGACCACUUCAGCCAACGAGAUAAUGGCCCGUGAAAGAGCCGUUUGAUUGGCAUAGGGCCGCAAAGACCCUCAUUAAAACACGACUCGUCGCUUAUACCUCCGCCGCCGCUGCUACUGCUGCUACUACUAUUAUCGAGGAAUGUCUCGUUCGGCUUCUAUUAUCCUGAAGACAUUCGCAGGAUGUACGGGUUUGGACUUUGUGUCAUCAGUUUAAAUCGCAUUACCAAGUAGAACUUAAAUAUCGAUCUUAAAGAUGGCAGAUUCUGGAGAUAGUGAUAGUGACACAGAUAUAAACAUGUAUAAACCUCAAAAAUCAAAUAUUAUUGAAAGUGAUGAAGAAAGUUCAUCAAGUAGUUCUGAUGGUGAAUCUGAUAAAUGUCCAAUAUGUCUUACUCGACUGGGACAACAAGAUUUAGCUUCUCCAAAUUCUUGUUUACAUACAUUUUGUUUAAAUUGUCUUACUGAAUGGGCAAAAAAUGCAAAAACCUGUCCUAUUGAUCGUUUGGAUUUCAAAUUCAUUAUUGUCCGGAGUGUUGAUGGACAGUUAUUACAAGAAAUCGACAUCAGUCUUAAAAACGAGGAAGAAAAAAAUCAUACAAAUGCUGAUGACUUAACUUAUUGUGAAGUUUGCCAUUUGAGCAACCGUGAAGAUGAUAUGCUAUUAUGCGAUAUUUGUGACAAUGGGUAUCACAUGGAUUGCCUUGACCCACCUCUUUUUGUAGUACCAUUAGAGGAAUGGUAUUGUCCACAGUGUCAAGCAAGAGAAGAGCUGAGUGAUAAUGACAUAGAUCGUGAAGAAAUCAUUGAUCUAUUAAAUGAUUUAGGUGAUGAUGAGCAAUUACCUAGACCUAGGCAGUCCAGAAUACGACAACAACAACGUUUAGUUCCACGUACUAGAGCUAGUGAACGAGUACGAAUGAAUACUCGACGACUACAACAAAAUACAAUGGCUGCUGAAAGUUCUGUACAAACAAAUACUAGUGGUACGAGAAAAAAAAAAUAUUCUAAAAAGAGAGUCCGAGGAAAAAAGCGAUGCAAAAAAGGUAAAGUAAUUUCAAGGAAGAAGAAUACUCAAUUAGCCGAAAAAUUAGAGAUGUGUUCCUCAAGAUGGAACAAAAAUUCCUUUGGAGAUAAUCGUUCAUUAAGUAUCUCAUCAAGUUUCGUUGAUCAUAGAUCAUUAAGUAUAUUUGGAAAUCCAUAUGAACUCGAUUAUGUUCUUGAAGAGUCAGAUAAUGAACAAGACAUUGGUGGUGAUGGGCCUUUAAAUAUGUCAACAAUGUCUCGAUUACGUACUUCAACAAGAGGUUUGAUAUCUCGUAAAGAAAUAAGUGAAAUUUUACGUCGACCCGUUCGUAGAAAUAUAAACAUAUCACAUAACACUGAUUCAAUCAAUAUCUUAGAUUCUAUUUUAAGUGUACAGGAACAACAAUUUAAAAAAAAACCUAUUGAAAAUGGAAUGCAAAAUAUUGAUAAGCAUAUAACCCAAACUCCUAUGUAUUCAGAUCAUAGAACUGACAGAAACUCUGAUAAUGUUAACAAUUAUUCAACUAAUCGCAAUAUGAAUAGGAACUAUCCUCGGAACAAUGAUCAAUCAUACUCUGGUAUGGGGAAUUCAAGCUCAUAUGAAGAAUCUCGAUUGACUAAUGAACAGAAUUUUAGUGAAAAUCAACCUAUUAAUCCUUUUCCUUUUAGAAAUACUGGUCCUAUAAAAUUCCGGAUGAAUGUGACGAAAAUGGGAGAAAGAAAACAACCACAGACUCCUCCUAAAGUAGUUACUACUGAAUAUAAUGUAGAAGAAGAGAGUGGUCCUAGUACUCGAACAGAAGAAACGUUUAAAGCUCUUGAACCACCUCCAGAACCACCAGCUUUAUUGAUGGGAAUUAAUUUGGAUGAAGAUGAUGCCGAUAAUCUUAUAAUUGAUGAUAAUGAUUAUUAUGAUCCAGAAAAUCCCAGUGAUAAUGAUGAAGUAACAGAGAUUAGGAGGCCAACUGGAACUGCCUAUAUGCAGUCACCAACUUAUGGAGGUUAUAUGGAGCAAGUUGUAGAAAACAGAUCUAUACCCCAUAUACCUGUUUCUAAUAGUAACAAUAUUUUACGCCCAGUUGAUGAAGGUAUGACUUCUGAAGAAGAUGAAAAAGAGACUAAUAAUGAAUGUCCUAAUAUAUCAUUAUAUUCAUCUACUAGUCUUAAAAUAUCUAGUUCACCGAAAGAAUAUGGACCAUUUUUAGAAAAUGAAGAAAGAAAAAGUGAUAAAUUAGGUGGAGAAGCUGAAUUACAAUAUAUUCCUAUGCCUCCUAUUAGUCCAGAAAGAGAUUCAUUAUCUGAACAUGGAGAAAGAAGUCUCAAAUCGGAAGAUGAAUGUUUAGAAAGUAUUGAAAUUGUGGAUUUGGAUGAUACAAAAAUGUCUUCAAAUGAAGAAGACAAAUGUAAGAAUUCUGUUGAAGAUGAGAAUAAAUCCAAUUCUGAUGAUGACAUUAAUGAUGUAAUUAAUGAGAUUCAUUCAGACAUAGAACGCGAGAGCAAAGACUCAAAAGCUUUAGAAAAAGAAUGUUUAGAUUUGGUUGAAAUUGAAUCUGAAGAAAAAAGUGAACCUUUUAAUGAAUCAAAUGAUGAUGCUGGUAUAGAUAAAGAAAGUCAAAGUUUAAUUGGAGGUGCUACAUCUGAAGUAUCAUGUGCAACAUUAAAUAGUUCAGAUAAUGAUCAUCAACUAAAAGAAGCUAAUAAUUUAAAUUUUGAUCCAAUAUCUGAUUCAGAAGAAGAAAAGAAAAAGACAAAUAAUCAAGGGGAAACAUCAAAUAGUAAUCAAAAGAAAGAGAAAUUGUCAAAUGGAAAAAAUGAAGCAAUUAUUUCAAAUAAAGAAAGCAAAGAAAAAGAGAACAAAAAUAAAGUUAAAGAGAAGGAACCUGAUAAAGAAUCUGUGCCAUGGAAAAAAUUAUCAAAAAAUUCUAAAGAUAGAAACUAUCGAUAUGGGAAAGGAAAAGAAAAACUGGGUGAAGAAAAUGAUAAAAAAGAAAAAAAACAAAAGAGAAAAGAAAUAGAAUUGUAUGAUGUUCGAAGAGUACUUGAAGAUAGGCCUAGACGAAAAAAAGAUAAAUUUGGAAGAGAUUUAUCUAAAUCUAGUCAUACAGAUUCAGAUUCUAAGGAUCGAAGUCGACGUAAGAAACGUAAAAGAAGUCGUUCUAAACAACGAAGAAGGUCUAUUUCAUCUAGUAAGCCAAGAAAUCGUAAACGUUCUAGAAGUCGAUAUCGUAGUGAAUCAAAAAAUAGGCAUCGAUCUAAAAGUAGGCAUCGAUCUAGAAGUAGACAUCGUUCAAGAAGCUCUAAACAUUUGAGCAAGUAUGAUAAAAAUCAAGUUAUUACAAAAGAACGUUAUCGUUCUCCAGCUCUGUAUGAUGAACGUGAAAUAUCUCCAUUAUUAUCAAAACGCCAAGCAAAAAAACCAAAAGAAAAAACAAGUAUAUAUUCUAAAAUAGAAAAAGAUUAUGAGCGAAAAUUAUUAAAAAAUGAUAAAAACAAUAAGAAAAAGCUCAAGAAAAAAUCUAAAGAUUAUCAGUACUCAUCUAUGUCCCCUAGAUCAUUAUCACCUGAAAUUCCUGUGUGGCAAUCACCUAGAGAUCGUAUGAGUCCAUGGUCUCAUACUGAUAUAUCUCGUACACCCUCACCUGUUUAUACACGUCAUACGGCAGAUGUAGACAUGAAUUAUUCUAAUAGAGAUCAAGAAUUUUCUGAGUAUAAUGAUAACAUAGCAUUAAAUAAUUUAACAGUGAUAGUGAAAAAUGAUAAUUCUAAAAAGUCUAAGCUUUCUAAGCGACAUACUACUCGUCAAAUAGCUGCUCCUCCUGUCAAAGAAGUCUUUGCUUCUGGAGACAAUAUAUUGGUCAGUGUUAAUUUCAAUAAAGAAAGUACUACUGAGCAAACUACCCAAGAACCAUUGAAACGUAAACGUCAAGAGAUUGUACCAAUUUUAUCUAAAAAAUUGAAAAACAAUAAUGCUACUACAGUCCUUGACACUACUUCAACAAAUCAAAAAACAAUGACAAAAAAAGGUUCAAAUCCUAAAUGGCUAAAUCGUAAAAAUAUUUCAAGGACAAUAGAAGUUAUUAAUGCAAAACCAGUUGCUAUUAUAGACUUAAAUACUUCUCCAUUUAGAGAAAUAGAGAUGUCUCCUAAGUCUGUUAUUGUUCUUACAGAUAGUGAUGAAGACAAACAAGUUACAAAAUCAGAAACUAAAAAAGAUAUUAGUCCAGAAAAGUGUAAAGAAAAUGUAACUGUUGAACAAAAACCUGUUGAGAAAAACGAAAACAGUACUCAAACAAUUUCUACAAUCAUAAUUGGUGGUCCAAAAACUCCACCAGAACCAGUUAAUGCUAUUUCUAAACCUGAUAACAUAUCGAAUAAUAGCUGUGAAUUCAUUAGUCAAGAUGAGAAUCAUACACAACCUCAUGAUGUACGUGGUCGAGGUCCAAAUACACCACCAGAACCCCCUCGAUCUGUAGAUACAGUUGUUAGUGAGACUGCAUAUGAUCCUUUUGAACCAACAAAAUCAAAUUCACCAAGUCCACCUCCCAGAAUUGAUAUGUUUGAAGAUGAAGAUGAUAAUGAUAAUGAUCAUAAUGAUACAUCUGCACAACCUCUUGAGGAAAAUAAAACUACCGAUAGUCAAUCAUCCAUUUCUCCUCAGAUUGUUGUAAAAACAAUAACUCCUCCAUUUUUAGAAUCCCAAAGUUCCACCCAAACUGAUAAAUCUCCUGAAAAACUCACCACCAAUGUAACAAACCCAUCAAUUUAUACUAGUCCUACUGUAGCUAAGACUCCUAGUCCUGUACAACCAACACCAACAGUAACUAACACUGAUGAAAUUAUAAAUUUGGAUGAUAAUGAUGAUAGUCAAACUACAGAAUUUGAUAAUGGUGCUGAUUCACCAUACUCUCCCGGUGAAGGAUUUGUUGAUGAAAUGAAAGGUUCAUCUCCUGAGAGUCCAGCUCCUCAAAACAAGAACAGUGUACCCACUUUACAGUCCCAAAACAAAAAUGAAGCAAGAAGUAAAUUGGAUACUUUGCUCAGUAUACUUCCGCGGUCUAAACCACUUAAUGUUUUUGAUAAUAUUGCUAAGAUUAAAAAUAUGAAACUUAAAUUUUCUUCCAAAUCAAAACAUUCAAAACAAAAUAACCACAUUGAAGAUAAUGUUGACGAUUUACCUGGUUCAGCUGUUGAAUUGGAAUCGAAAAAUAAAUUUUUAGAAAAGCUAAAUCGGCAGGAACGUGUUAUUGAAGAAGUGAAACUUGUGUUGAAGCCUCACUAUAACAAAAAACAUAUUACCAAAGAUGAGUACAAGGAUAUCAUGCGGAGAGCUGUACCUAAGAUAUGUCACAAUAAAAGUGGCGAAAUAAAUCCACAGAAAAUACACAGCCUUAUUGAAGCGUAUGUAAUCAAAUACAGGCAUGCACAUAGGAAGCAAAUACAAAGGGUACCAAAUAAGUGAAUUGUUCUAUAAUAUUAUUGACAUAAAUAUAUAUGUGUACAGUGUAGCUUAUUUUCAAUAAUAUUUAUAAUUAAGCGAA